AUGGGGGGAAUUUGCAUAAUUCAGCACAACAUCAAAAAAGAAACAGACAUGAGCAAAUUAAGCUCUAAACUUACCACUCUCUUCCUUGUCCAGUUCUUGUGUGUUGUUGCUUCUACCUCUUCUACUGAAGAGGCAAAUGCUCUCCUAAAAUGGAAAGCUAGCUUUACAAACCAAACACAAUCUCGGUUAACUUCUUGGACUCUGCUUUCUACUAAUGCCACCAACUCUAAGCCACUCACAACCCCAUGUUCUUGGCUUGGAAUUUCAUGCAAUUUAGCUGGAAGUGUCAUCAAAAUAAACCUUACUAGUUUCGGUUUAAAUGGUACGUUGUAUGAGUUUUCAACUUCCUCUUUCCCUCAUCUUGAAUAUGUUAAUUUUGCAGUAAAUUCACUCUCUGGUGUUAUUCCAUCUCAGAUUGGUAAUCUGUCAAAGCUCAUCUAUCUUGAUCUAUCCUCUAAUCAAUUCUCUGGAAAAAUCCCACCUGAAAUUGGCCUCCUAACAAAUCUUCAGAUCCUGUACCUUGUUGAAAACCAACUGAAUGGCACAAUUCCAUCUGAAAUUGGCCAAUGUCGAUCUCUUAAUGAGCUUGCCUUUUUAUAUCUCUAUAAUAAUUCGUUUUCAGGUUCUAUCCCUACAGAAAUGGGAAAUUUAACCAAUUUGAUGGAACUUUACUUAGAUACCAACUGUCUUACAGGCCUCAUUCCUCCCAGUUUUGGAAAUCUUACGAAGCUUAUUGUGUUGCAUGCCUUUCACAAUCAACUUUCUGGUCCCAUUCCUAAAGAAUUAGGAAAUUUAAAAUGUCUCAAAGAUCUAAGCCUUCAGAGAAACAAUCUUUCUAGUUCUAUUCCAGCAUCAUUGGGUAGGCUGACAAACCUCACCUUACUUCUUCUCUAUAGAAAUCAGCUUUCUGGUCCCAUUCCUAAAGAGCUUGGAAACUUGAAAACUCUCACAGAUCUAGAGUUGAGUGUAAACCAAUUAAAUGGUUCGCUUCCUACUUCUUUUGGCAAUUUAAUUAACUUAGAACAAUUGUUUCUUCGUGACAACCAACUUUCUGGAUCCAUUCCUCAAGAAAUAGGAAAUUUCACGAAAUUGUCAGUGCUGGAACUAGACACAAACCAGUUUACUGGUCCUCUGCCCGACAUUUGCCAAGGUGGUUCACUUGUAUACUUUGCUGCAAGCAACAACAAUCUCACAGGUAACAUCCCCAAAGGCUUGAAAAACUGCACAAGCUUGGUGAGAGUCCUUCUUCAAGUCAACCAACUCACUGGAGAUUUAGCAGCAGGGUUCGGUAUCUAUCCAAAGUUGAGCUUUAUAGACAUAAGCCAUAACAAAUUUCAUGGUGAAAUAUCAUCUAAAUGGGGAAGUUGUCCAAAUUUAAGUUCCUUACUCAUGGCGAGGAACAAUAUCACUGGAACCAUACCACCAGAGAUUGGAAAUGCAGCUCAGCUACAUUCACUUGAUCUUUCUUCCAACAAUUUAGUUGGGAAGAUUCCAAAGACUUUGGAAAAGUUGACUUUUCUUACUAAGGUCAACUUAAGUGAUAAUCAACUUUCCAAUGUUAUACCUCAAGAAAUUGGGCUACUAGGUAAUCUUGAGUCUUUGGACCUGUCCUCAAACAAAUUAAGCCAGGCAAUACCGGAAGAUCUGGGAAACUUGGUUAAGCUGCACUACCUGAAUUUGAGCAACAACAAAUUUAGCAAAGAAAUUCCAAUUCAGUUUGAGAAGUUAUUUCACUUGUCUCAGUUAGAUUUGAGUCAUAAUUCCCUUGGAGGAGAGAUACCAUCGCAAAUCAGCCAUUUACAGAGCCUGGAGCUGUUAAAUCUUUCCCACAAUUCUCUAACUGGUUCCAUUCCGAACAGUUUUGAGGAAAUGAGAGGCCUAUUGUAUGGUGACGUAUCCUACAAUCAGUUGAAGGGCCCUAUUCCUGAGAGCAAAGCAUUUCAAGAUGCUAAUAUGUUACAAGGGAACAAGGGAUUGUGCGGUAAUGUUCAGGGAUUCCCACCAUGCAUAUCUCCUGUCACUUACAAACAUAGAAAUGGAAAGGUCAAAAAAUUGGUGUUUUCAAUUAUAUUCCCUCUUUUGGGAGUUCUUUUGCUUGCACUCGGGGUUUACUUAAUUUUUCAGAAAAGAAGGAAAAACAAAUCAGCUGAACAAAGCAGUGAGGAGGAUGGCGAGCUUUUCUUGGUGCCAACUGUUGAUGGAAGAAUUCUGUACAAAGAAAUCAUGGAUUCAACCAGAGCUUUUGAUGCUAGGUACUGUAUUGGGAAAGGAGGAUACAGUAGCGUUUAUAAGGCCAUGCUGCCAUCAGGUAGCAUAGUAGCUGUUAAAAAACUUCACCCGUUACCAAAUGUUGAAAUAACACAUCAAAAGGAGUUUUUGAAUGAGAUCAAGACUUUAACGGAGAUACGACACCGAAACAUUGUGAAGUUGUACGGCUUUUGUUCAAACCGGCAACACUCUUUUUCAGUUUAUGAGUAUCUUGAAAGAGGUAGUUUGGCCACAAUCUUGAGCAAAGAAGAAACCGCCAAAGAAUUGAAUUGGUUCAAGAGGGUGAAUAUCGUCAGGGAUGUGGCUCAUGCGCUAUCUUACAUGCAUCAUAAUUGCUCUCUUCCGAUUGUUCACCGAGACAUAUCAAGCAACAACAUUCUGCUUGAUGAGGAAUAUGUGGCUCAUGUUUCAGAUUUUGGCACUGCUAAGCUGUUGAAGAGAGACUCAUCCAAUUGGACCGAACUUGCUGGCACAUAUGGAUACAUUGCACCAGAGCUCGCUUAUACAAUGGAAGUUACAGAAAAAUGUGAUGUGUAUAGCUUUGGAGUGAUAGCAAUGGAAGUGAUUAAAGGAAAGCAUCCAGGCGAUAUAAUCUCUGCUCUAUUGUCCCAUUUAACAAGUGAGAGCAUGCUGGUGAAAGAUAUUCUGGACCAACGACUUCCACUUCCUCCUCCUGAAGUUGAGCAACAAGUGAUGACCAUUGUAAAGCUAGCAACUGCUUGCUUACAGGUCAAUCCACGAUCUAGGCCAUCCAUGCACAUGAUUUCCCAGACGUUAGAUCAGUUCUAGAGCCCUUUACACUAUUAAAUCCGGAUAAAUAAAUUGUAUUGUAAAAGGUUAGGAUCAA